AUGAGUCCUCGUAAAACUAAUAGCUAUGUCUGGAAGAAGUGUCCGUACCGAAAGCAUAUCACCAAAGGCCAUCUCGAUGUCAAACUCCCUUAUCUACCCCUUGAGGCGGCCGAUGACGCCGGGCGGUCGGCAAUCCCUUCCGAUGCUCCGCGCAUCUCCUACCGUGUCGCGGCCUCGUCCUCAUCCAAGAACCGCCGUUUCCACCCUGCCACCAAUUUCCACAAUUUCAGACCUGAGCUCCAUGAUGCCAUCGGCGUGGUCACAGAAGAAAUUGACCCGGCCACCAGACGCAAGAGGAGACCAGACAGUGGGGAAGAUGCUUUCUUUGUGAGCAGCGUUGGAAGUCGAGGUUCCGGCGCCAUCGCCUUCGCGGUUGCGGACGGAGUUGGAGGCUGGGUCGAGUCCAAGGUCGACCCAGCGAACUUCUCCCACGCUCUGUGCCGCUAUAUGGCGCUAGAGGCCCUAUCUUGGGACUCGUCGACCGACAAAUUGCGGGCCAAGCACCUGCUUCAGUCAGGAUACGACCAGGUGGUGGCGGACAGGGCGAUCCGGGCCGGUGGGAGUACUGCAUCGGUCGGGGUGGGCUUGGAGGAUGGUCAGGUCGAGUUGGCCAAUUUAGGUGACUCGGGCUCGAUGCUCCUCCGUCUUGCUGCUGUGCAUCAUUAUUCGGUCCCACAGACUCAUGGCUUCAACACACCAUAUCAACUGAGCAUCAUCCCCCCCAAAAUGCGUGCUCAGGCCUCCAUAUUCGGCGGCGCUUUCUUGGAGGACUUCCCGCGCGAUGCGGCCGUCACAAACCUCCAUAUGCAGCACGGCGACGUGCUCAUGCUAGCGACCGAUGGGGUCUUCGAUAACCUGAACAAUCAAGACAUCUUGAAGCUCAUCACCAGCCGGAUGAUUCUGACCGGGGCAUGGACCGCCACGCCCGAAUUGGGAAUCAAGGUAUCGGAUGAUCUCGGAGCCCUGACGGGCCCGGACGGCCUCGCUUCUCUACUUCCCUCGCCAUCCUCGUCUUUCGACACUUGCACGUCAGGCAGUGUCGCGCCAUCCAGCCAAAAUCUUCAGCACCAUACGCUCCAGUCUCUACUCGCUUCCACAGUCGCCGGGGAAGCCAAACGGGCCAGCAUGGAUGCCCGACGGGACGGCCCAUUCGCCAAAGAAGCCCAGCGCUAUUAUCCCGGCGACUGGUACCGAGGCGGAAAGGUGGACGACAUCUGCGUCUUGAUCAUUGUGGCUGUUGAAGAGGGUCGGGGUCAUGAAUCUCGCUAG